AUGCGUUCCUAUGAAAGACAGGGCACUACCCAUUCCCACCAAACACUAUCCUCCAAGGUCAUUCGACAAAACACUGUCCUCCCAGGUCAUUCCAUCAAACACCAUCCUCCAAGGUCAUUCCACCUAACACUAUCCUCCAAGGUCAUUCCACCAAACACUGUCCUCCAAGGUCAUUCCACCAAACACUAUCCUCCUCAGGUCAUUCCACCAGACACUGUCCUCCAAGGUCAUUCCACCAAACACUAUCCUCCCAGGUCAUUCCACCAGACACUGUCCUCCCAGUCCCAGGUCAUUCCACCAAACACUGUCCUCCCAGGUCAUUCCACCAAACACUGUCCUCAAAGGUCAUUCCACCAAACACUGUCCUCCCAGUCCCAGGUCAUUCCACCAAACACUGUCCUCCCAGGUCAUUCCACCAAACACUGUCCUCCCAGGUCAUUCCACCAGACACUAUCCUCCCAGGUCAUUCCACCAAACACUGUCCUCCCAGUCCCAGGUCAUUCCACCAAACACUACCCUCCCAGGUCAUUCCACGAAACAUUGCUCAUGCGAUCUCUUAAAACAUUAAAAUAUCAACACAAGAAUACAGUCACUCUUGACUAUUGGCUGAAACAGACUUUUAUGCUUCUGAAAGGCAGAAAAGUGACAUCUGCACAUUAUCACUGA